ACCCGUCACCCCCAUCCGCAUGCUUGUGUUAAAAUGCGUUUCCACAUGAAGAGCGGCAGCGAUGACAACGACAUUGUGGCAGCCACAGCUACUGCCGAGCAUAUACGGAAAUUCGUUUUCACCAGCAGCCACGCCGCCGAGCGUCUGGAGAUCAAAAUCCCCGAGCUGCUCCAAGGCGCUUAUUCCUUCUACACAUGGCCCUGUGCACCGGUCUUGGCCCAUUUCCUGUGGGAACGGCGACAGACACUGGCCGGAAAGAGGAUUCUGGAGCUGGGCAGCGGCACUGCUCUGCCGGGCAUACUGGCCGCCAAGUGCAACGCCCAGGUGGUGCUCACCGACAACUGCAUUCUGCCCAAAUCUUUGGCGCAUAUCCGCAAAUCCUGUCUGGCCAAUCAACUGCAGCCCGGCGUGGACAUCGAUGUGGUGGGCCUCAGCUGGGGCCUGCUAUUGAAUUCUGUAUUCCGUUUGCCACCGCUGGACCUCAUCAUAGCAGCCGAUUGCUUCUACGAUCCCAGCGUCUUUGAGGACAUUAUCGUGUCGGUUGCGUUUCUGCUGGAGCGGAACUGCGGGGCCAAGUUCAUAUUCACCUACCAGGAGCGAAGCGCCGACUGGUCCAUCGAGGCCCUGCUAAAAAAGUGGAAGCUGCAGGCGCUACCCAUCAACAUGGACGACAUUGGUAAGGAGUCAGGCGUGGAUGUGCUGGAGUUUAUGGGCGGACACACCAUUCAUCUGCUCGAGAUUACGCAGUCUGAGAACAGUGCUACAAUAAAUACAAUAUAAUGAUUAAUCAA